AAACACGUCGUCGACCCAGGAAAUUUUAAGGCAUAAUGAGUUCUCCACUCAAUCAAUCUGGCUCUCCAGGCAUGUUGCGUCGUUCGAUGAUGAAUCAACAAGGAUCACCAACCAUGUUGCGUCAUUCCAUGAGUGGCAAUUCAGGACUGAACAAUUUGGCCACUUCGUCAGGCUUUCCUCGUCGCACUAACGAACAAGAUGGCAUGGGUAACAACGCAGGAAUCCGUUCAGGUAGCAACAGUGCAGCUUAUCGUGCAUCAUUGGUAUCGCACUACGCCGAAGACUUGGACAGACGUCGCCGGGCUGAACGAGCUCUCGAGGAAAAACUAACCGACGGAAUGCCUUCAGAUAAUUUGAAGAUCGAUUCUGUUGAAUUGUUCGCGCGAGACAAUGCAAGGGAACAUCGUACAGAUCGCUACGAAGUCGUUCUUGAUUGUGGCCGCGAUAUUGGAUCGUCGUCAACCAUGGCUAUGUCCAGGUCGAUGACGAAUAUGGAAUCGGUGAAUUCGAUGGAUUAUUAUUCAUCUUCUUCGGCGUCUACAGCAGUUCUUCGUCGUGGUCAGCCGUUUUUCAUGGCUGUGCGGGUGAAGGAUCGCAAUUUCGAUCCGCGUCGUGACGUUUUGCGCGCUGUGUUUACUUUCGGCCCGAAUCCGCAAGUCACGAAAGGAAGUAAAGUGGUUUUGCCUUUCCACAUGAAUCAGCGUGAAUUCACUCGAGCUCCACAAAAAUGGGAUAUGCGGAUCCAUCAACAGGAGGGUUUCAACUUCUCUUGUCAAGUUCAUAUUCCUGCAAACGCACUUGUCGGAUUAUGGCGACUGAACAUCGAAACUACCACGACAAUGCCGGGUGCCCGCAUUGACGAAUUCCGUUGUAAAGAUGACAUUUACGUCUUGUUCAAUCCGUUUUGUCGAGAGGACUCUGUUUACUUGGACGAUGAGGAACUCCGUCGAGAGUAUCUCAUGAAUGACACGGGUAAAGUGUUUGUUGGUACCCAUCACCGACCCAAAGGUCGUCGCUGGAUCUACGGACAGUUUUCUGACGUGGCCUUACCAGCAGCUCAACUUUUGCUCGGCCAAUCUGGUUUGAAUCCAACGGAAAGGGGCAAUCCUGUCCAAGUUGUCCGUGCCAUCGCUUCAAUCAUCAACGCCAACGAAGGUUUUGGUUUGUUGGAGGGCAAAUGGGAAGGUUCGUUUGAAGACGGAGUUUGUCCGUGGGUCUGGACUGGCAGCUCUAAGAUCUUCGAGCACUAUCUGCGAAAUGGUUCCAAGCCAGUCAAAUACGGACAGUGCUGGGUCUUCGCGGCCGUCGCCACUUCUAUCUUCCGCGCUUUGGGUAUUCCUUCCCGUCCUGUUACUAAUUUCGUCUCUGCACGCGAUACAAAUCACACGCUGUCGGUCGACAAGUAUUUCGAUGUUUUCGGAGACGAGAUGAAAGGUGGCCCAGAUGGCGACAAUCAAGAUGCCUUAUGGAACUUCCACGCUUGGACUGAAGUGUGGAUGUCGCGGCUCGACCUCCAACCCGGUUACAAUGGCUGGCAGGCAGUUGAUCCGACUCCCCCUCCUCUGUAUCGUCAGAACAACACUGGAGCUGAUUCUAAAAGUCGAGGUCCUUUGGCUGUCGAAGGUUUCCGUCGAGGUCCGUCUUCGGUUGAGUCUGUCCGUCGCGGCGAAAUUGGAUUUUCCUUUGACACUCCUUAUCUUUUUGCGGAAAUCAACGCUGAAGUCACUCAUUUCCAGGAGGACGAGACCUCUCAUUGGGGAUUCAAGAAGAUUCCCGUCAAUAAUUAUCAGGUUGGACGUAUGAUUUUGACCAAGCGACCGGGAGCCGAUGAUGAUGUCAGCGAUGCUGACGUAGAAGAUAUCACUGGCCUUUACAAGACUCUCGAUAACACGUCUCGCUACCAAAAACAAUCCGACGGAUGUUUCAGUUCCCUCUUUAACCAAGGAAUGACUUCACCGUAUAUGGAAAGGAGAGAUAGGGAAAGAGAAAGGGAUAUGAUCCAAUAUCCAGGAGCAUCAGUGCGUCGUCUAAGUGCAGUGGACAUCGCCCGCAAACCCUGGUACGAUGAAUCACGCUAUCCAGCUGAUUCAGGGAACACAGCUGCUGAUCGUAUGUCAGCCAUGAACGCAGCCCGAAGUGUUGAAAAAGCCCAGCCCAUUUUUGAUUCCCGGACUCCCAAUGAUGACUGUCAAUUCAAUUUGGUUGAGCAAGAAAAAGUUGCAUGGGGCCAGCCAUUUAAUGUACAACUUCUCAUUCAGAACCGAUCUCAAGAAACGAGAACCAUCACGGCAUACCUAUGUGCCAAUUCCGUCUAUUACACAGGAGUCACUGCCCGCCGUCUUGGCCGCAACGAUCGUCAGUUUGUCCUUCAACCGGGAAGCCGAGAAACUCUUCAACUUCGCAUAAGUUGGGAAGAAUACCGUGAACGAGCUGUCGAUUACGGAUACAUUAAGGUGUUCGCCAUGUCGUCAGUGCAAGAGACUAAGCAAUCGUGGAGUGCUGAAGACGACUUCCAGCUGGAGAAACCAAAAUUGGAUAUUCAGGUGCGAGGAAAUCCCCAGAUAGGCCAGGAAUGCUUUGCUACUUUCUCAUUCAUGAAUCCAGUUCCAGUUACGCUGACUGAGUGUGAGUUUACAUUUGAAGGAUCGGGUUUGGUUCGGGCCCAAACAGUAAAAUACCGUGACGUUAAACCGGGAGAGAUGAUCAGCUUCGUUCAAAAGUUCCUUCCCCGGUUUAGUGGUGAGCGCAAACUGGUUGUAGUGUUCAACUCUCGAGAACUGGGUGAUAUUAUCGGCUCUCGUCCAAUUCAUGUUCGUGAGUAACCGACGUCUCGUUACAAUCGAAUUACGAAAUCCCUACGACAUAACACUUUUCGCAUCGAACUUGGACCACCCUUAAAACAUCUUAGCAAAUUAGGCAAAAUGACUUUAUUGGCGUUUCACGAUAUGCAUACUGAUAGUUCCAAAAUGUAUGUCAUUAUCUUGAAUGCGAUUUGAAUCCUCUAUUUUCCUCCUUUAUCUCCGUUGUAUGGUUCAGGUUUUUGAAAUUAUUGUUAUUCUUACUUUUUCGGUGACGGCGUAUUCAGCAGGAAUAAAUUUCGUCAAUCA